GUUAGCGACUUGAAAUAAGGGUGUCAGGAUGAAGAAUUUUAACACUUUGAUGUCCGAUUUAUCAUUUAUUAAGCGAACAAAAGAAACGUCGCGACUUGCGAUUAACAAUAUUAAAACACUAUGUUACUAUGACAGCUUAACGGCAGUUAGACGCCGUCGGCGGAGCACACAACGUCGUGCACCGCGGUUGCGUGAAAACAAAACGAGGCAGGCGUACCGAGUCAGGGCCGUGGCCUGGAGAACCGGCGGCGGUGGCCAUCAGUGUGACCACUCGCUAACAAUUACUAUAUGGUAUUCUGGUGGUGAAUCUAAUAAUUCUCCAUUUACUUCUUUUACAUUUGUUGCGAUCCAGAUAUGGAGUUCGGUUGACAAGGGUCGAAUCAAAUGAAUUUACUCGUAGACAAAUUAAUUAUUGUUAUAAUUUUAUUGAAUGUUAUAGGUUAGUAUAUAGACACCUUUUUAAGCACUCAGAGUAACGUUACAACUUAAGACAAAUAUCUCUAGCAUGAAUACUGUCAACUAGUCGUCACGUAGAAAUAAUGUGUCUUGUCUC